AUGAAGUGGACAAUGGCUACCAACAUACGGACAGGAUUUUUUCUUCUGUCGAUGAUUUCGGUCGUCUACUCUACAGGGACAGGCAACUUAAGACUGCUUUCCUAUGAUAACCCUCUCCAGCAACUGACUAGCGGAAUGUGCUGCGAUCAAAACGCCACAACGAACUGUCAUAUGCACCAGUGCGAUCCGAAAUUUAUCGUCUGUCUAACCCAGCAGCUAGAAGCUCACUGGUGUUCCUUGGUGAGAGAAGAGUCCUACGUUUUCAACAACACAAACACCGUGACAUUCAACGACACGUUUGGAAACGUUUCAAAUCCAUUACACUUCAACUUCUCAUCCUGGAAGAUUGGAUUUAUCAUCACCGUGGCGGUGGUGGAUUAUGAUGUCGACGGUAAAUCGGAAUCCAUGGACAUCAUCACUCAGUCCGAGAAUGUCAACCUGGCUUCCGGACCAGUCCACGACGUUUUCACCCUCAAUGGGGUUAGAGGAAAGUUACAGCUCGAGUUUAGUAUUGAGUGCGAUCCAGGCUACUAUGGGGAUUGCUCCGGCGACAGUCCUCCAGCAGACAAGGAUAACACCGGGGCUGUGGUCGGGGGAGUAGUUGGCGGACUCGUGAGCCUCCUAAUAGUGGUACUGGUGGCCGGCUACUUCGUCAGGAAAUACAUCAAGAAGAAGAUGAGCAUCGAUGACCGCUUAAAAUCCACUGACGACCUAAGUAGUGGGAGAGAGGCAACCACAGUGACCAUGAUUUCACCUCGUCCAAACAACUCGGCUGUGGGCUAG